UAAAUUUGAAUUAAUAUAUGUGUAUGUGGGUAUGUGUUCACUACUCUGUGCUGUCUGUUUGCAUUUGGAUAGAUUGAUUUCAGAGGAAAAAAAUUACGAAUAUGGAUUAUCAUACUUGGUUUACUUUAAUGAGAGUAAAGUGUGUCGAAACUAAACUCUACAGGGGCUUUACAAAUUUGCAGGCACGCCUGUUUUAUACACGUUACUCAAACACAGAACCCGGAAACAGGAAUCAGUUCAGGGAAAGAGAAAGUGAAAGUGUAGUUGAGCGGUUGUGUGUUCGUAUCUGUAUUCAUGAUAAAUGUAUAAAUGGCUGAAGCCAGAUAUUUUCAGGAUGAUUUCUCUUGUUCAGUGUGUCUGGAUCUCCUGAAGGAUCCAGUGACCAUCCAGUGUGGACACAGUUACUGUAAUAAUUGUAUUACAGGCCGCUGGGAUCAGGAGGAUCAGAAGAGAGUCUACAGCUGUCCUCAGUGCAGACAGACCUUCAGUCCAAGACCUGCUUUAUCUAGAAACACCAUGCUGGCUGAAGUGGUGGAGAAACUGAAGAAGAACAAACUUCCUGCUGACUGUGACGCUGGCGAUCGAGAUGUGCAGUGUGACGUCUGUACUGGAAGAAAAUUCAAAGCUGUCAAGUCCUGUCUGAUGUGUCUGAACUCUUACUGUCAGAAUCACCUCGAACAACAUGAGAGUUGGUUUAGAGGAAAAAGACACAAUUUGACCGAAGCCACUGGACGACUGCAGGAGAUGAUCUGCCAGAAACAUGAGAAGCUCCUUGAGGUUUUCUGUCGCACUGACCAGAAAUGUAUAUGCAUGCUGUGUACGAUUAUUGAACAUAAAAACCACGACAUUGUUUCAGCCACAGCACAGAGGACAGAGAAUCAGAAGCAGCUGAAGGAGACGCAGAAGACGCUCCAGCAGAGAAUCCAGCAGAGAGAGAAAGAUCUUCAUCAGCUGAGAGAGACUGUGGAGUCUCAUAAGACUGCAGUGGACGACAGUGAGGGGAUCUCUACUGAGCUCAUCGGCUCCAUUGAGAGAAGCUGCUCUGAGCUGAUACGACUGAUCAGAGAUCAGGAAAAGACAGCAGUGAGUCGAGCUGAGGGACGACUGGAGCGACUGGAGCGACUGGAGCAGGAGAUCAAUGAUCUGAGGAGGAGAGACGCUGAGCUGGAGCAGCUUUCACACACACAGGAUCACAUCCAGUUCCUGCAGCGUUUUCAGUCUUUCUCAGCACCUCCUGAAUCUACAGACGUACAUGAUGAUCUCUUCAGUUCUCUCUUCUCUUCUGAUGCUCUGAGAGAAUCUGUCCUUCAGCUGAGAGACAAACUGGAGGAUUUCUGCAAAGAGGAGCUGAAGAAGAUCUCAGACAGAGCCACAUUCACCAACAUUGAUCACUGGACCAGGAACGACUUUCUACAAUAUUCCCAUCAGCUCACUCUGGAUCUGAACACAGUGAAUAAAAACCUCUGUCUGUCUGAGAACAACAGGGUGAUUACAUUCACUUACACAAAUCAGUCGUAUCCUGAUCAUCCAGACAGAUUUGAUGUGUAUCGUCAGGUGUUGUGUAAAGAGAGUGUGUGUGGACGCUGUUACUGGGAGAUUGAGUGGAGGGGACGUGUGUUUAUAUCAGUGUCAUAUAAGAGCAUCAGCAGGAAGGGAGGGGAUGAUGAAUGUUUGUUUGGAUUUAAUGAUCAGUCCUGGAGUUUAAUCUGCUCUUCCUCCAGUUACUCAUUCAUACACAAUAACAUACAGACUGUUCUCUCUGUAGAGUCCAUCAGCAGGAGAAUAGGAGUGUUUGUGGAUCACAGAGCAGGAACUCUGUCCUUCUACAGCGUCUCUGACACAAUGAGCCUCAUCCACACAGUCCAGACCACAUUCACUCAGCCGCUCUAUCCUGGGUUUGAGGUUAAAAAAAGAUCAUCUGUAAAAUUUUGUUGAUGAAUCAGAAUAGACUGAAGAGAUAUUAUACCCAUAAUGCUUUGAGCUGCAUGAUUAGUAAAAGUGAGAUUUUAUAGAGUCUCUACUUUUCUCUUCAUGACAUUAAUAGUGCAGCUGAACUUGUGUCACUGAAAUAACCUUAAGAAUAUAUGUGUGCAAUAAAUCUUCAUACAGA